CAUUUAUCCGUCCCUUUUGGACUUCGUGUAUUUUUACGGAACAGUGAUAUUCACAAAAAACGUUUCAUUUAAUCGAAGUAUAUGAAGUAUUUACAUUAGAAGUAUUCUAUGAAUGCGGCUCAGCCCACAUACUCCCACCCAUUGCCAUUUCAAGGCGAAGCGCGAAUAUUUGAGAUAUACAAACACAUUUGCCAGAGAUUAGCUAGUAGCGUACUGCUGUGCCAUUCGCCAUUCGCCAUUCUCCAUUGUCCACUGAGCCCUCGAGCGGCUCGCAUCCGCGGAAAGAUCUUGGAAGUAAUGUCCCUACGACGUGAGCCUCACAUAUCCCCCGCCCUUGCAGCCCAACUGGAGGCGGAGUCCAUCAAGGACAACCGCCAGCUGCUGGAGUUCCGGGUGCGGAGCCGGGACAUCGACUGGCGCCAGUAUGUCCAGCCACUGGACACCGGCGUUCGGGCGGCAGCCGUCUAUCUGGACCGCCAGGCGGACUUCGUGGGCAGCAGCCGGCGCCAGGUGACCGAGGAUAAUCGCAGGGAGCUGCUCGUCUGCCACGACAUGAUGGGCAAUUACCUCGAGGAUCGGCACUUUCACAGCUCCCAGAAGUACGACGACUAUCGAUUCGUGCACUGGGCAGCCGUGGAUUACUUCUGCUACUUCAGCCACGACUACGUGACCAUUCCGCCCUGCGGUUGGCUGAAUGCCGCCCAUCGCCACGGAGUUCCGGUGGUGGGCACGUUCAUCGUGGAGGCUGCCACACGCCUGGACGAGUUCCUGGCCAGCGAGGAGAGUGUCGAGAGCACCGUGGAGGCCCUAACCCGGCUCUGCGAGCACUUCGGCUUCGAGGGAUGGCUGGUCAACGUGGAGGUGCCUGUUCCCCAGGGCAAAAUGCCCAGUCUAUACCGCUUUGUCCGGGAACUGACGGCCGCCACGGAGUCACGUGUGCCCCAUGGACGUGUCUUUUGGUACGACAGUGUGACGGACGACGGUCAUCUGCGGUGGCAGAACGAGCUGAACGCCCGCAACGCGGAGUUCUUCCGGCAGAGCCAUGGAACGCUCAUAAACUACGCCUGGGACGAGGAGCACUUGCAGCGGAGUGCCCAGCAGGCCAAGAAGGAGCAGUCGCCGCGGCAUCGUGUCUUCAUGGGCUUGGAUGUGUUCGGAAGGAGCCGCAGGGGCGGCUUCCAGAGCCUGGAGACCAUGGAGCUCAUUGCGAGCAACGGCUUCUCGGCGGGCAUCUUUGCACCCGGCUGGACCUUCGAGACCCUCAAUCGCUUUGGGUACAACAUCCACAAUCCACGCGGAGACGACCAGGUGAACGCGUCCUUUUUGGCCAGAAACGAGGCGUGGUGGGCUCGCAUUUGGCCCACUUUGGCAACGCAUCCGUACAGCUCGCUGCCCUUCUUCACGGACUUUUGCGUGGGCUCCGGUCGUUUGAAAUUCGAGCGGGGCUGGAGGACUUCGGCCGCGGACAGGCCCUUCUUCAAUCUGUCGCUGCAAUCGCUGCAGCCCUCGGUGCCGCUGGACAGGAAUGCAGUGCAUCAUUUCGACGAGGCCUACUCGGGCGGCUGCUCCCUGCUAAUGACCAACUACGAGCGGGCCUUCCGGCUCUUCGUCACGGACUUCCAGCUGCCCCUCGGCGUUCUGCUCGUGAGUUAUGUGUUCAAGAUCGACGAUGACGCCGUGGCCCCCAACUUUGACUUGCUCGUGCGGGUGACACCGCUGCGCAGGAAUGACGAGGACUUGUACCUGUUCUGCGGCGACUACACCGGCUCCAUUGUCGCUCCACAACGCUGCUACCUAUCCCCCCUCGCAGGCGACCUGCCCAGCGGCCGCUCUCGCUUGCAGCAGGACAGCAGAUCCUUGGCGGCGCGCUGGCAGAUGCGCCACUACCUGGUCAAGUUCGAUGGACCCGUCCGGGUGGAGGACAUCGGCGUGAAGUGCCAGCGGCCAGCGGAGUCGAGCACGGAGGUCAAGUUGGGCGCUGUUUAUGUGGACGCUCUCUCGCUGGAGGACUUAAAGGACACCUGGACAGAUAUUCCCGUCUACGGCAAACGCAUGUGGAAUGAGCAGCGCGCUUGAGGCCGCAGUUGGUUAAACAAAUGGGAAUUCCCUUUUUACUACCUAUAAAUCUGUAAAAUACACGUAUUCAUUUCCAUGCUGCUGCACUGUUCAAAGUAGUAAUCAAAUAAACGAUAUUGUGGAGUGCAACUACAGCUAUAGAAACUGUAGACUAGGCAUCACAU